AUGUUAGUAGCCGAGGAAGAUGAAGAUAACGGCGCUCAAUAUAGUGAAUACUUUAUCGACCGCGAUGGGGUACUGUUCCGUUAUAUAAUACAAUUCUAUCGAACGAAACGCAUAUUGUUUCGGGAACGUGAUAUCACACCCGGUGGUCAUACCAUUACCGCCGAGGAACUUGAAGCAGAAUUUCAGUAUUAUCGGCUUCCAUUCGCCUUGGAGUCUCAAUCGCUUUCCGACCAGCACAUUUCGACAAGUUCUAUCGAGAAAGCCGUCGCUGAAAAGUUGGAUCAAUUUGUGUUGACAUUUAAGAAGGUUCUUGUGGAAGUGUUCUCAUCGUUUGAACUGAAAAUUAGCAUCACUUUCUACAGGAAGAAGUCGCCACCUUAUGUCCAAAUAGGUAUCGGGAGCAAAAGAAAACAUAUAUUUGACGUAGUCAACAAAAUGGUGAGCCCAUUGAGAGAUGUCGGAUACAGUUUCCUUGAUUCCUACAACCCGAUAAUCGCAACAGCUAUAAGGAACGAAAUUCCCAAUAUAAAGUGGACUAUUGAAGAUUCGCACCACAAUGAGGAUGGGGAGGGAUAUCGUGUUUCUGUUAUCUAUGAGGGUAGAUAUGAUAUGCAUAGAAUUCGUGAUUUAUCCAAUCUACCAGAUAACUUCAAUAUAAGGUGA